AUGAACCUCCACUCCUUCGUCCUCGCCGCGAUCGCCUCGCUGGCCGCGGUUAACGCCGACGUCAAGAUGAUCAACCACGACACCGUGCAGCCAUUCGCCCAGCCUGAACCCACCACGGAUUCCGAGAAGACUGCGGUCAAGUUCAAGCCCCAGCUACACAUCUCGUACGGAUGCCAUCCGUAUCCAGCCGUGGAGGCCAACGGCUCCGUCAGUGCCGGGCUGAAGUGGACGGGAUGGGCUGACGGCGACUGCAAGGGCUCUGGUCUCGGCUCCCAAGUGUAUUCGCGGUCCGACUGGUACAAGGACAAGUGGGCCAUCAUGUACGCCUGGUACUUCCCCAAGGGCCGGCAGUACGCGUCCCAGUAUCGAUCGGGUCACCGCCACUUCUGGUCCUAUGCCAUUGUCUGGACCGACAGCGACAAGCCCGACAACUCAACCAUCCAAGGCGUCUCGAUGUCCGCGGGUGUCGGCUACGGGAAGGCGACACCGCCCAAGUCCAAGUACGUCGUCGACGGAGUGACGGUCAAGUUCGACUCGUACUUCAGCUUCUGGGGCAGCAAGGUGGGCAUCCGAACCACGACGAAGACGGGGGAAACGCAGGAUCUGAUCACGUGGGAACAGCUUACCGACGAGGCGAGGACUGCCCUGACGGACGCCGACUUUGACGUAGACUGGUCCUAUAAGAAGGUUGUCAUGCCCUUGUUAGACGAUGUCUUCACCGAGAAGCUCGAGAAAGCGUAUCCGUUUUAG